AUGGGACAGUGGAUCAUCAUCUCAGGCGCGAACAGUGGCGUGGGAUUAGAGGCGGCCAAGCAGUUUGCCAGGAUGGGAGCAAACCUCAUCCUCGCCUGCCGUGACCCUCCAUCGAGGGAGACGCACCCGAUGGCCGCAGUAGAGGAAUGCCGGUCGAUAGCGACCGCGGCAGGUCAUUCCAACUCGACGAUAGAAUGGUGGAAGCUCGAGAUGAGCAAGAUCAGCAGUGUUGAGGCAUUUGCUCAGCGAUGGCUCGAUACUGGGCGUCCGCUGGACGUGCUUUGCAACAACGCUGGGAUGAACUCGUUGGCCAGGAAGAAAUUCACGGGGGAUGGGUUCGAGCGCGUCCACCAGGUCAACUUCCUGUCGCAUGUGUUGCUCACGCUGCGUCUUCUGCCCUCCAUCGCCCGGAGCGAUUAUGCACGCAUCACCUGCUCUACGUCAUGCCUUCACUACAUCGCCCCGUUCGACCUAGAGCACUUCAAUGGAGAAAGGGGGAUUAAAGGGGAUAUGUACGCCAUCAACAAGCUGUAUUUCCAGAUGUGGCUUGUUGAGCUUCAGCAAAGACUCCUGCAACAUCCCGAGUACGAGCAUAUUACCAUCAACGGCGUUCACCCUGGGUUUGUCAACAGCAGCAUAUGGGCUGCACCCGAGGGUGACACAAAGUUUUGGUUUCGACUACUUGUUUUCUCAAUCGUUGUCAGCGUGAUUGGUGUGACCAGUGAGCAAGGCGGCCUUUGCAUUGUGAACCUUGCCACCAAUCCCAAAUUCAGCAAAGAAAACGGUGGAGGGAAGUAUAUAAAUCGCGUCUGGGAAGAUUCUCAAGCUGGUCUUUGCGCCGACAAGGAUGCCAGACUAAGACUAUGGAACAAAUUGGCUGAUGAUAUGGCACUCCGUGAGAAGGGGCUUCUGAAGCUACUGGGGAAUUAG